AGGAUAAGAAGAGGGAAUGUGAACGUUGACAGGGAUCAGGGAAUCGUUGAGCGAUUCAAUCACACUUGGGGUAAAGGCCUCUUCACUUUCCAAUAGUCAUGGAUUAAGUCUGAAGUAUGGAAGGUACACGGCAGUCGCAAGUGAUCACAGGGAUCAGGGAAUCGUUGAGCGAUUCAUCAAAGUUUGGGUUAAGGCCCCUUCACUUUUCAAUAGUCAUGAGAUUAACUUCAAAGAGGGAAAUAGAUCAACUGAACGGGUAACGAGGCUUCCAGAAGUUGUUUCAACUUUGAAUAGUGAAAUGACCAGGUGGACUGGAAAGAAACCCGUGGAUGCCACCAAAGACCAGUCAGUUGACACAAGGAAUUCAAUGACUUCUUCAAGACCUGUUGGCUUGAAGGAAAAGAGACUAGAUCCUUCAAAGAAUGUGAGAGAUCUC